AUGAACCCAGCUGGUCUCAGAGUCUACGUUGUCAAGAACGUUGCCGACUUGGACGUUUUGUUGAUGCACACCAAGACCUACGCUGCUGAGAUUGCCCACAACGUUUCUUCUAAGAACAGAGUUGAGAUUGUUACCAAGGCUAAGUCUCUCGGUCUCAAGGUUACCAACCCUAAGGGUAGAGUUGCUUUGGAGGCUUAA